AUGGAACAACUUUUCAAUGACGGAAAUGGCUUUCUUAGACUAUUGCCUGACUUGAUUACUCACUUGUAUGUGCCAACACCUCUUGCGGACAGUGUUCUCAGCUACAUCGAUAACCAACUUCAAGUACUCAAUGAUGAGUUUCUGUCUACCAAAGCGCAACUUCAAACCAUCAAAGAAGAUCUCACCUCCCUACAGUCUUCAGGGACAAUCCCCAAUCCCCAACAAACUACGCGCAUCGACGAAGAUAGGAGCUUGACACUUUCACUUGUCUUUGGAGACAUCUUCACCGAUGCCAUGGAAAUAUUGUCUAAUCGGGAAAAUAUCCAUUUUUACACUGCUCACCAACCAACCCACUUAGAUAAUGAGGAAUUUGGCAACCCCCAAAGUAUGGUUGUCGUAUACGAAACUAAAGGGCCUAAACUCAACAGCAGUCUCUCGAAGCAUGCUCGAAUUGAGCUUAUUUCAAAGGUAAUUGAGCUUGAAAUAACAGAUCUUUUAGGUGAGCUCGGCCUUAAAUUCAGUUCCAGCCGGCUCUUAGAUACCCCAGUUGCCCCACAAAUCACAGAGGAAAAAAAAGAUGCAGUGGAAAAAUUGAAAGCCAAUCCCAAGGCUCAAACGACCCGUUUCUAUGUUGAUUUGCCCAAUUGGUACUGCUCGUGUGACAAACUUCAGUCAUGCUACACCAAGGACUGGCUUUCUCAGUCGCAGCCAAAAUUCACUUACCAGCAGACCACCGAAACACACGAGGUAUUUCAAGGGAUAAAUUUUGACCUGCUCGAUCCUCCGGCCAUUUGUCCUCAUAUUCUUGCUGCUCUCAUCAUACGAGUCAAUCCCAAUGCCAAUCUCUGCAAACAGGUGCUGCUUGCAAACUUUAGUAGUAUCAUAGAUUAA